AUGAUUAACCUAUUUAAGGCUAAUUUAGAUUCACAAUACAAUAUUAUUAAAGAAGUAGCAAAGGGCUAGUUUAAUUGGAGAGUUAUAUGUUAAAAAGAUCCUUGGAUGUAGGGAGUUGACUGGGAUAUCCAGUGGACAGAUACUGCACCAUCAAUUGAUAAAUUUUCGAAGAUAAAACCAUACUAAAAAAUAAAUCAUUUUCCUGCGAUGUUUCAAAUAGCAAGAAAGAAUUACUUAGCAAAGAAUCUCAAGAAAAUGUAAAAGAACUUCAAAGAUGAUUAUAAAUUCUUCCCAAAGACUUGGCUACUUCCAUAAGAUUUAAGCGAGCUUAAAUAGAUCAUUGCACAGAAUUCUCAAAGGAGUAUAAAACAAGUAUAUAUUGUGAAGCCUGAAUCCUUGUCUCAAGGCAAAGGAAUUUUUAUCACUAAGCGCGUUGAUUAGAUAGAUCCAACUGAGCAUCUUGUGGUAUAGAAGUAUCUUAAAUAUCCUUACCUGAUAGAUGGACUAAAAUUUGACCUUAGAAUAUAUGUGCUAGUUACCAAUGUCUAGCCAUUAAGAAUAUUUAUUCAUAAGGAAGGACUAGCUAGGUUUGCUUCAGAAUAAUAUUAACACAAAUCAUAUAGCAAUCCUUUUAUACAUCUCACUAAUUACGCAAUUAACAAGGACAAUCAAAAUUUUACUUCAGAUCAAAAUGGUGAAACAGGCCAUAAAAGAAGCCUUAAAUCAGUUUACUAGACUCUAUAAAAGGAUGGUAUCGAUAUAGAGAAACUAUAAGAUAGAAUUGAUGACAUAAUAGUUAAAACUCUAAUUUCAAUUCAGCCAGAUUUAGUACAUAAUUAUAGAACAUGCUAGCCUGGAGAUUAAUUUAAUAAUAUGUGCUUUGAAAUACUUGGGUUCGAUAUCAUUCUUAAUAAAAAGGGAGUACCUCAACUCUUAGAGGUAAAUCAUGCUCCAAGUUUUAAUGAUGAUACAAAUUUAGAUAGGAUUGUAAAGAGUCAACUCUUAACUGAUACAUUUAGAUUACUAAAUGUGACUCUUCCAGAAAAGAACAAAGUAUUGGAAUAAAUUAGAUUAUAAACGGAGUAAAGAAUUAUAGGUAGUAUAAAGAUAACUAAAUAGCAGCAUUUAUCAUAAAAAAUAGACAUUUAUCUUGAAAGACUCAGGGAAAGAGACAAUUAUGAAUUUGAAAACUUAGGAGGGUAUAGAGUCAUAUACCCAGCAUAUAUCAAGGAUUCAAAUAUGAUUGAUCAGGAAAAAAUGAUAAAAUAUUAGUAAUUCCUUGAUUGUGCCAAAAAGUAUACCAUGGAUAUUAAAAUAGCGAAGGAUGAAGAAUCAAAAGUUCAAGUUAAAUAAACUUUGAUAAAGACUGUCAAACCAGAAUUAGAUUCUAUUAAAAAAGUGAUCCCUGAGAAGUUAAGAAGAAAUAUCUCAACAUAGUCUUAUAAAAAUUUGGCUGACUUCUUGAAUAAAAAAUCUUAGAUUUAACUUGCAUUGACAAAAAAUUACGAAAAUAAUACCCCAAAAAGAGGCUAAAUAUUAUCAUGUUAAAAUAUAGACUUAACUAGUGCUAGCAAGAUCAAGUUCUAAGAUCUUAGCAUAAGUCCCUCUCAUCAAGAUAAUCCAUAGAGUCCUGAAUUUUUUCAAGAGAAUGGUUCAAUCGAGAGUAGCUAGCACUAAGAUUUUAUGACCAACUUUACCAAUCCGAAAAAUGUGAAACUAAACCUUUGA